AUGUCAAUUAAUCAACAAAAAUUUGAUACUAACUUUUACGCAAAAUUAAAUAAUUUAGAAUAAAGAUUCUAUUAGGAAGAGGCUGAUAAACAAGAUUUGGAGCAACUCAUCUUAAGUAUUGGAGAGCUUGUGAUGUUUUAUGAUUUAAAAAAGGACCCAAUUAAACAAUAUUUCUUAGAAAAAAUGUAAUUCAUCCUCUCUAGACCAUUUACACUAUUGAAUUUGAAAGAAUAAUACGUUUAAAAAUCGAAUAAAACCCCUAUAGUACAUAGACAUUAGCAUAAUUUUUCUUUGCCAGUAUUAAAAUUAGAAAAACAAGCACAAGUUCAGUCAGAUCUUAACAAUAGUUUUGAAAAGAUAAAAACAAUGCAGGAAGAUUAUGAAAUGCAGUAGAGAGAUUAGGCUGAAUUGAUUCAACACGAUAUUGAUAAUUAGAUGAGUGCUUUAAAAAAAAAAAUUAUUGUGAGGAAAUAAAAUAGAAACAAUCAAAACAAUGGAAAUCCUCAUUCAAACUUUAUGUCGAAAUCGAAACUUAGUGAUGCGAAAACGAGUGAUGAAGAAUAAACCAAAUGA